CCUUGGGUGCAUAUCGCCGUGGACAGGCACACGCUUGAUUUUGAGCAAGAAAUUUGACUUUCAAAUGAAAGAUAAAUGUCUCUGUAGCAUUGCAGCGCGUCUGACUGUUCGUCAAACAGAGAAGAAACAUGAAACAAGACGUCAGGAUACUCUUAUUGGGGGAGCCCAAGGUGGGGAAGACAUCACUCAUUAUGUCUUUGGUUGGAGAGGAGUUCCCAGAAGAGGUUCCCCCAAGAGCUGAAGAGAUCACCAUCCCUGCUGACGUGACGCCAGAGAAGGUGCCAACACACAUAGUGGACUACUCAGAAAAAGAGCAGAGUGAUGAAGUUCUCAAAAAUGAGAUCAUCAAAGCUAACGUGGUGUGUGUUGUGUACGACGUCACCAAUGAUGACACGAUAGAAAAGAUCAAAACUAAAUGGAUACCUUUAGUUAACGGGGACGCAGAGAAAGGAAACAAAGUUCCCAUCAUCCUUGUUGGAAACAAGUCUGAUCUGCGCUGUGGAAGCUCAAUGGAAACCAUUCUUCCCAUCAUGAACCAGUUCUCUGAGAUUGAGACAUGUGUUGAGUGCUCUGCAAAGAACCUGAAAAACAUUUCAGAGCUUUUCUACUAUGCACAGAAGGCAGUUCUUCACCCCACUGCCCCUCUUUAUGACCCUGAGGACAAACAGCUAAAGCCACUGUGUGUCCGAGCCCUUAGCAGAAUAUUCUUCAUCUCCGACCAGGACAAUGACCGCAUCCUCAGUGAUGCUGAACUCAACAGCUUUCAGAAAUCUUGUUUUGGGAAUCCUCUGGCGCCUCAAGCCUUAGAAGAUGUAAAGACAGUAGUUUGGAAGAACACCAGUGAUGGGGUGCAGGACAACGGCCUGACCCUCAAUGGUUUCUUGUUCCUUAAUACAUUAUUUAUUCAGAGGGGCCGACAUGAAACCACAUGGACAAUCCUCAGGAAGUUUGGUUAUGACGACAACCUUGAGCUGACUGAUGAUUACCUUUACCCUGAACUACGAGUUCCUGUCGGCUGCACCACAGAGCUCAAUCAGUUAGGUCACCAGUUCCUCCAGCGGCUGUUUGACAAGUACGAUGAAGACAAAGACUUAGCCCUGUCACCAGCAGAGCUUAGGAACCUGUUUUGCGUGUGUCCCUACAUGCCAUGGGGUGCAGAGGUCUACAUGACUGUCCCAACCACAGACGAGGGCUACAUCUCUAACCAAGGCUACCUUUGUCAAUGGACGCUUUCUGCAUACUUUGACAUCCACCGUUGCCUGGAGCACCUAGGAUACCUAGGCUACCCUAUCCUCACUGAGCAGGAGUCACAGACUGCCGCAAUCACAGUAACACAGGAGAAAGAGGUGGACUUGGAGAAGCGCCAGACACAGCGGUCAGUUUUUCUCUGCAAGGUGAUCGGACCACGGGGGACGGGCAAGACCGCCUUUCUCCAGGCCUUCGUGGGCCGCAACAUUGUGAAAAAGGGAAAUCCCAGCAGUGCCUUCUCCCCCUAUGCCAUAAACACUGUCCAAGUCAGCAGCCAGGAGAAGUACCUUAUCCUCAAUGAGGUGGAUGUGGAGGUGGAGUUCCUGAAGGCAUCGGAUGCCUCCUGUGAUGUUGCUUGUCUCAUGUAUGACACCAGUGACCCACAUUCCUUCGACUAUUGUGCCAGUAUAUACAAGCAACACUAUAUGGAGAGCAACAUCCCGUGUGUGCUCGUCGCCUCCAAGGUGGACCUUCCUGAGGUCAAGCAGUUCCACGGGAUGACUCCAGCAGAGUUCUGUUAUAAACACCAACUGCCUCCACCGCUGCCCUUCUCCAGCGUGUUCCUCGACUCCACCAGCAAGAACAUCUACACCAGGCUUGCCUGGGCAGCAGUGUACCCACACCUCAAUGGUUCAGACAUGAGCAACACAUCAUUCUGGCUAAGAGUUGCUUUGGGCUCGGCUGUGGUUGCAGUUCUGGGUUUCGCUAUCUACAGAGCUGUAGCCAGACUGAAAUGAUCAACAACCAGCUUUUCUUUUUCACCCUGACGCUUCAUCAAUCCAUCCAUCAAGACCAAACCUCAGAGACCAGAUUCAGAGCCGCCACAUCAUUUUAUUUUUCAAAUUGGAGGCUCCCAGUAAACUCUUCACAUCUCAGCUCUCACUUUGUCCCACCCCCUGAUCGCAACUGUCCAAAGGCACCUGGAAGCUAGUGAUCAUAUUAUUCCCCACGCUGCUGUGUCCAGCUUUUUCUGCCUUACAUCGUCCAACCAGGUUAAGUAGGAGUUAACCUGUCAGCACUAGCUGCAUUGAUAAAUAAGGAACUGUUCACAUCCAAACAGGUGCUUUAUCAAAGGAGACGAAAUGAUGCGUCAAAUUUAUUGCUUUCCCCUCAAUUAUCUGUUAGGUGUUAAUGGUGAGAUUGGGGCGUUUUUAUAUAUAUGCAGUGUUUUCUGAGCAUAAUGUAGAAAAAUGCCAAAUUGAUUAGACUGAAGAACCAAAGGGCAGCAACACGGAGCAUUUUUAACUGAGCAAACAUCCUCAUCUGCUGCUGCUGCUGAAUCUCUCGCUGGAAAUUCCCAAUGAACUCCUCUUCUGACCAUGCCACCACAGACACUACAUGUUCAUAUCAGAUUUGCCAAAUAACUCCAGCAGCAGUGAGUAGUCAAAGCAUGUUAUUUGCCCCUUAGGCAUAUUGUUUUGCCUGAGAGUGAAAUAUUUUAAUGUUUUUAGCAGUGAGGCCUCCUCUGUCACCGAGCUGCUGUGGCAGGGAGAGAUAUGCAUGAAGAAGAAUGGCAGUCUGUUUAUGCAUCUGCAAGAAUUAAGAAGAAGCAACAAACAUUUUCUCCUGUAAAAGGAGAAACUAGCAAACCAUAAAAAUUACAACAUGCUGAAGAAAAAAAAAUGGUCAAAUUUAUCUCUGCUUCCAAUCAGUUUCCUUCUGUUCACAUUGAAAUGGGAUUUCAUUGAUUCUGACUGAGACUGAAAUAGGUCUGUGAUUCUAUUUAGAUACACCUGACACUGUGCAUACACUUUGACCUUGUUACAUAAUCUGCCAUUGCAAUGUUUUCCAAACAUGAGUCAGUCAUGUUAAGUAUUUUUUGUUGCUUAAUUUAGCUGGGGACCUGCUGUUUCUGCAGAAUACAAUUCUGUGACUUUUCAAGUAUGGCUGUUUUUCUUACUGAAAUUGAACUGAUUUAGAUGCUUAAUAAAAAGACCAGACUAGACUGGGCGGGGACGUUUUACCCAAAAGCUGUUAA